UAUCUCGCAGCUUAACAUUUAUAUAAUGGCGAGAUCUCAACCCGUCCCGGUCUUAUCCGACCUCUGUUUUCGAAAUUAAGUAGUAGCUAUCGGCCGUGAUUGAGAAUGACCGGGAGACAAUAGGAUGAGACUUGAUAAACGGCGUACAGAAAACAAAACAACAUCAGAUAUUAGCAGAGCGAAUGGAAUCACGGUGUGACCUACCAAUGAGAUCAAAGAGUAGCGGGUUAAUGAUGUUUGACGUGAUGGCGGCGAUGUGCGCGGGGAACAGAGGGAUUGGAUGGAAGGGCGGUUUACCCUGGCCACCUUUACGGAAAGAUUACGAAUAUUACACAACGGUGACAUCAACUCACAUGAAAGUGGGCAGGGGGAAGAUCGUGCACCUCCACGGGCGACACAGUUGGGCCUCAUGUAGCGACCACCAGAAGGCGCGAGAAGGGGUUUACCACGUGGUCAUCAGUCGCACGAUGGAUAACAGGCACUAA